AUGCAGCGCAAGGCCUAUGUGAGGACUUCCUCGACCGUUUCUCCAGGUUCGAUCGAGCGCUCCGAGUGUUUGCGUAUGUGCGAAGGUUUGCCCAGCGUUGCCGCCAUCCCAAGGAACUUGGUGAAGACAGUAAUUGGUGCAUGCAAGACCUGCGUGAUACAUCGCCGCAAGCUCCAGUCGCAGCUGAUGGGUGAUCUCCCAACCGCUCGGUCGACCUUUUCGCGACCUUUCACUAACUCCGGAGUAGACUUCGCCGGUCCCUUCGACGUCAAGAGCUACGUCGGACGGGGCUGCAAGAUUACGAAGGGUUACGUAUGUGUCUUCGUGUGCUUCAGCACGAAGGCAAUCCAUCGUGAGGCGACCACGGAUCUGACAGCAGAAAAGUUCUUGGAAGCUUUUUCCCGAUUCGUGGCACGGUGCGGGUGCCCUCUUCACAUGUACUCUGACAACGGGAAAACGUUCGUCGGAGCCUCCUCCAUUCUUUCCAAAGAUUUUGUGGAGAGCACCCGCACCCUGAUUCUCACCACUCACAGCCAUCAAGGUCUUGCAUGGCAUUUCAACCCACCGGGUGCCCCUCAUAUGGGGGGUCUCUGGGAAGCAGGCGUCAAGAGUUUCAAGACGCAUUUCUACAAAACGGUUUCCUCCGUUAAACACACGUUCGAGGAACUCUCCACCCUCCUGUCCAAAAUCGAAGCGUGCCUCAAUUCGCGGCCUCUGUCUCCUAUGUCAGAGGAUGUGAGCGACUUGGCGGCACUUACUCCCGGUCAUUUCCUGGUGGGGGGUUCACUACUUUCCAUGGCGGAGCCAGAGUCCAGAGAGGAUGUGGAGUCCAUCCGCAACCGCUGGCAACGGCUCAAGGCUCUCCAUCAGCAUUUCUGUGUGCGAUGGAAAAACGAAUAUUUGAAGGAGUUGCAUAAGCGGAAUAAGUGGCAGUCACCCUCGCGCGAUCUCCAGAUCGGUGACAUGGUGGUCAUCAGAGAGGAGAAUAGACCACCACAAGAAUGGCGCCUGGGGCGUGUGCUAACCGCUUGCCCAGGCGCUGAUGAAAGGGUCCGUGUGGUAGACAUCCAGACGUGUCGUGGUGUUUUCCGCCGACCAGUUGCAAAGCUGGUCCUCCUUCCAACGGGACCCACGCUCUGA